CGGCCUGCGGUGUUCUACCAUUUGCAUCUUGCUGGGCCGGCGGCGUGCGUGAAAACUAUUUCCACUGAGAGUCAGUCUUGUUCCACCGUGUUCAAUGAAUAUGCCUACUUAAAGCUGGCAGCCGCGACUGCCCGCUUGUUAGUGCGAGUCAUUGCCUUUUCGUGUGCGCAAACCGCGUAAAACAACGAUCCUCUGUGAUCCACCUGGUGUCUUCUCUGAUCUCCGACGACUCGUUUCGAGACCAGCGCUCCCUCGGCCUGCCUUGCUGCGCCAUAGCCUCUACGUCUAAUGGACCACCAACGAGGAAUUCGGGGGCACAUGCGUGUGUGUUGUAACCAAGGUACCUACGAAACUUUCUCUGGAAAAGGUGCCGCAGGAACAUCUUCCAAGAUGAACAAAGUGGAUUACAUGGAUGUUACCGUACCGAACUAUUCAUACGUCUUCAACUUCGAGGAAACCUUCCAGCAUUUAGACACAAAAAUAUGGAUGACGAAGAACUGGACAAACGGCUUCUAUUACUGUGGCAUUUACAUGAUUUUAAUAUUUGGCGGGCAGCAUUACAUGUCCACCAGGCCAAAGUUCGAGCUGCGAGGCAUACUUUCACUGUGGAACACGGUGCUCGCGACAUUCUCCAUUAUCGGAUUCACUAGGACAGCACCAGAAUUGAUCCACAUACUCAGGAAUUCGGGAUUUUACCAUAGCAUUUGUAUACCCAGCUUCAUCGAACAAGACUGCGUGUCUGGAUUUUGGACAUGGAUGUUCGUGCUGUCGAAGCUGCCCGAACUCGGCGACACGAUCUUCAUCGUGUUGAGAAAGCAGCCUCUGAUUUUCCUGCAUUGGUACCAUCACAUCACGGUGCUCCUCUACUCCUGGUUCUCGUACAAAGAGUACACCGCGUCCGCCAGGUGGUUCGUCGUAAUGAACUACUUCGUUCAUUCUAUAAUGUACUCGUAUUACGCUUUGAAAGCGAUGCGUUACAGACCGCCUAAAGGGAUCUCCAUGCUGAUCACCGCGCUGCAGUUAGCACAAAUGGUUAUCGGCUGCCUGAUAAAUAUUACGGCUUACCAGUAUUUAGAAAGCGGACAGAUUGAAUGCCAUAUCACGCGUGUCAACGUCAAGUUCAGUCUGGCCAUGUACUUCAGCUACUUUGUGCUAUUCGCUAAAUUCUUCCACAACGCCUAUCUGGGCGGCAAAAGUCGAUCCGCCAAAGCGGCGAAGAAAGGCUACGCCAACGGACCGGUUGAAUACGAUAAGCUCAAGGCUAAUUAAAGCAACCAACAGAAAGAGAAACAAAACUAAUAAGCACACACGUACACACAGACAAAUUUUUGGAAACAUUUUCUAGAAACGCUUUUCCGAAGACAUCCCUCGAAAACCCUUUCCGCAGAAUCGUUUUCUCAAAGAUACGUCUCGGAAAUGUUUCUUCGAGGAAUGCUCGUUGAAAAUCUUCUUCUUUUUUCCUCCGAAUACACGCGUAUACGUAUACGUAUACGUAUACGUAUACGUAUACGUAUACGUAUGCAGAUGUUUAUACGUGUACAUAUAUGUUUGUUUCUUUUUCUUUACAUUUGUAUAUGUAUAUAUAUAUAUAUACAUAUACAUAUACAUACAUAUAUUCAACUUUGUGCUACUUCGAGAGACGAGAGACUCGUAAAUAUAUUACGUACAUGUAAAUAUAUAUAAAAGUCUCUUUGGUGACUGGAAGUAACGGAAAGUUGCGGUAGGGUGGAAACGGAGGACGCGUUAUUUUGAUGAUAAUAGCACACUGAAUUUUAUGAUAAAUAUUAAAUGUUGCACACUGAAUUUAGCAAUGAAUUAAACGAGAUAACCCGGCUCGAUGCGUCCGUACGUCGGGACGAAGUUAUCAGCUAUAACGAGCUUCUUAGAGGCACUUCUUAAAAACUAUUUUUUCGUUUUAGAAACAAUUCCUAAGAAUGUUUCUUGGGAAGAUUUUUUGGGUGUCGCAUGUGAAGUUGAUACGUUGGCGAGGACGUUCCGCCGGUAGAACGAGAGGAUACCACGGGUUAACAUAGUUGAUCGAGCGUUCGAUCAACGAUGAUAUAUUACAGAAACGUGUAGCAGUCGACGUUGAAUUGCGUCUAUUCGAAUAUGUUCCGUCGUGUCGCGGCAGUGUUACGGUUAAGCGCGACGAGAAGAGCACAGAGCUAAGAUAUAUCUCUUGAAAUCGAUUAUUUAUGCUAGUAUUAAAUUUAUACUAGAAAUACGAUGCUUCGAGGAUUUACUUUAAAAUAGAAGAACCCUCGUUCUACCUGGACAGAGAUGGAAGAAUCGAGGGGCCCGGUGCAAAAGGGAGCCAGCAGUUUGCCGCUGCAGUAGUAACAUUCACGAAAAUAUUCAGCCUUCCAGAAAAACUUGCGUUUCAGUAGAAAUUCCAUAAUUAAGACUGCUGUUUCGUUACUUGGACUUGUCGACGUCGCUUUAACGUGUCCAAGGAACUCUCUUAUUUUUGCUUGACGCGAGCAAACGUCUAACCAGAAAUUGUGCCAUGUAAUUGCGAAUCGGAGGACAAUGAUUAGAUAUGAAGAUUCGAUUACUUCGUUCCCUGUUGCACCGGACUUCUCGAUCGACUUUAAGGUGUCGGGAAAGGCGGUAAAGGAAAGUGUCCACCGAAAUUUCAUUAGGUCUACCUCCAGAACGAGCUAAGAAAUAUUCUUCGUAGAAAAUAGUAAAGAUGACGGUAGAUUAAUAACAGCGACCGAAGGGUGACAGAAUCGUGAUCCUGAAUCGUCGACAAUGAUUCCGGAGGAAUGAUUUGGAGGCUAGAAAAAGGAACAAAAGAGCGAAUUUAUAUUUACUGUUUUCUAUCACGACUAUUUUGCGCUGCUAGGUAUAAAUGAAAAAGGAGAAAAGAGAGGGAGAGAAAGAGAGAGAGAGAGAAAAGAAAACGGGCUGCUCGCUGAUAUUUUUUAACGUCAGAGCGCAGCCAGCUCUGCAGGGACGUUUAUUCUGUUUCCAACAUUUUUAUAUCGCAUAAUUUGUUCGAGAGAAAACGUCGUUUUUUUGUACAAAUUAUGUUAUUUAUUUAUACAUAUAUUUAACUCACCGAGAUGCGUAGAACGUGGACUACACGUGCGCGCGCGUAACCAAACUUACCGGUUAGGUUUCUUCCGUGCAAUUGGAAAAGAGGGGUGGGGGAUCAAAUAAGGGAAAACAACGGAACGGAGUAAACAACUCUCGUUUGAGGAUGGUAGUUGAACGAAAGGAAAAAAUUGAACAUUUGUUACUCGGCGGAGCGCGGAGUAAUCGGUGGGUCGCUGGAAUUCGUUCAACGAGCAACAUUGAAGAAAGGAAAAAAGAAAAGAAACCGGGAUUUCCAGUUUUUCUUGUCCAAUUCUGAUUCUUUUCUUCGAUGUGACAUCUUUGUGGGGCUGGUCGCCUUUAAACACUUUAAGAGAAUAUUUAAACGAAAGAGAGAAAGAGAGAAAGAGA